CAACCUGUUCUCAAGCAUGUUUGCUGUACUUUGGGGUCCAGAUUCCGCAGAAGGACUACGUACAGCAUAGAGCAUACAUGUACUGUUGAGGACCGAACAAGCUGGGACGUUCACAAGCGACGUGAUGGCGAGGGGCGAGGGUCAGUGUCGAAAGUCACUGCCGCAGGCUGUGUUAUCCUAUUGUGCUUUCAGCCUAAGCAUCAAAUUUGAAAUGAUGUAGCUUGCCACGCUCGGGAACCAUCCACUUGCCCAGUAAGAUAUAACCAUGCCACCCAAGGGUAAGAGCGCCGAUAAGGGCGGAAAGAGUAAGGAUGCUGGCGCAGAGCAAGCCGGAGGCAAGCAGAAGGGUGCUCAGACCAUCAAUGUCCGGCACAUCCUCUGCGAGAAGCACGCGAAGAAAGAAGAGGCACUCGCAAAGCUCAAUGGCGGAGCAAAGUUUGACGAGAUAGCGAGGGAAUUUUCCGAGGACAAGGCUCGUCAAGGCGGAUUACUAGGCUGGAAAACCAAAGGAGCCCUAAUGCCAGAGUUCGAGGCAGUAGCGUUCGACCUGCAGCCUUCAACAACGGCGAACCCCAAAUGGGCGGAGUGCAAGACUAGCGAGGGCUACCACAUCGUCAUGGUCGAAGGCCGGAAGUAGAGAGGGUAUGUUGACACCUAGCAUCAUUCAACACUGCAAGGCUUCAUCGUCAGACCUGCCGCUAUGCAUCCGAAGUGCGUUUGCACUCAAGGAGCCAUCAAACCUUCUUGAUGGCGUCGGCAGCUGUACCCAUGCAUGCGGCGCUUUCUG